GCAAAUUAGCCCCAUCCCUAGUGCAAAACAUAGCAAAAACAAUUGCGCGAUAGAAAUUAUUUUAGAAAUAUAAAUAAAUAGACAGUGUUUAUAAUAGAACCAUUGAAUAGUGUUAUCGUACACGUUGUCCAAAGUUUUGGCCGUGCAUAAAAGGUGUUUUUGUUGAAAACCCAAAGAACAGAGAAGCAGACACAAUGAUGAGCCUGCUAGGGCGACCCGAUGUGGAUGCGGGUGAGGUGUUUGUCAAUUUCAAUCAAAACAUAACUUCGCUGGCUGUGGCGACCAGCGGUAGUUACAGCCUGUAUAGCCUGAGCUCUGUUGACUCCACGCUGGACAAAAUCUAUAACACAAAAAGCGAUGAUCUAUUCCUCAUCGAGCGACUCUUCGAGAGCUCCCUGGUUGCCAUUGUGUCGCAGCGAGCGCCGCGCAAAUUGAAAGUUUGCCAUUUCAAAAAGCAGAGCGAAAUUUGCAAUUACUCUUACUCGAAUACGAUUUUGGCUGUGAAGCUGAAUCGGGAGCGCUUGAUUGUCUGCUUGGAGGAGUCGCUCUACAUCCACAACAUACAGGACAUGAAGGUGGUGCACACCAUACGCGAUACGCCCUGCAACCAGCUGGGCUUGUGUGCACUCUCCUCCUCGUCGGAGCACUGCUACCUGGCCUACCCGGGCAGCGUGACAAGUGGCGAGGUGCAGAUCUUCGAUGCCAUCAACUUGCACGCCAAGACUAUGAUACCCGCCCAUGACACCCCAUUGGCGGCUAUUGCUUUUAGUCCGUCGGGCACAGAGAUCGCGACGGCCAGCGAGCGCGGUACUGUGAUUCGUGUGUUCAGCUCCCAGGAUGGCAGCCGCUUGUUCGAGCUGCGACGCGGCCUCAAACGUUGCGUCUCCAUUGUCUCGCUCUCAUUCAGCACUUGUGCUGAGUACUUGGUCUCCAGCUCGAACACGGAGACGGUGCACAUAUUCCGCUUGGAUCGCAGCGCUGCCGAAAACAGCGAUCAUGGCAAACAGUCGAGCGACGAUUGGAUGGGUUACUCGUUUUUUAGAUUCUUGAGCAAAACGGUGACCAGCUACUUGCCCACGCAGGUGACCGACGUGUUUAGCCAGGGACGCGCUUUCGCGUCGGUCACGCUGCCAGAGGCGGGUGUGCGACGCAUGUGCGCCAUAACCACGAUACAGAAGCAGCUAAGACUCUUGAUUGCCUCGCAGGAUGGCUAUUUGUACGUCUAUUCCAUACCCUCGGUUGAGGGCGCUGAGUGCCAGUUGCUGAAGCGUCACGACCUGCGCUUGGACGACAGCUACGCCAUGGAUGUUAAAGUUGAUUCACAUCACACUUCAGGUCUGAACAGUAAUGUUAGCAUUGGCGGUGCGGCUGGUGUCCCAAAUGCUGCUGCUGCUGCAGCUGCUGGGGAUGGCAAAGCCAAUGAGAAACCGGGCAGUUCGUCGAGCGGCGGAGGCAACGCAGGUGCCAGCUAUGCCUCGGCUGUAAAGGGCGAUGAACCGGCUGGUGGUUCAUCCUCCUCCACUUAGGUGCAAUUGAACUCACGCAACAACAACCGCAACUGAUAACAGAACAUGAUAAAACAUAAACAAAAGAACAGAAGAAAACGAACUCACUCCUCAAAGUACUAAGGACGAUGAUGAUAAAGUGAUUGGAUUUGGGUCAUGCAGCUGGCGACGACAUGUGGGAGACGGUAGCUCGCUCCAUGACGUCAAACAAAAAUAAGUAAAUAAAUGAAUAGGUCUUAGACUUAGCUUUUAAAUGUAAUCAAUUGACGAUUCUUCCUCGGUUAAUAAGUAAAAAGUUAAAUUGAGUAACGCCUCAUUUCUCAAAGCAAUUUUUGUUAGUUUUUAAGUUUACUGUUCAUGGCGCUGCCAUCAAUAGGAAAAGAAAUGCUUUUGUCAUACAAUCUUAAGUUAGCUGUUAUAUUUUUCAAUAUUUUUUAAUAUACACUUGCUUCAAUUGAAAUUUCUUACUAAAUAAAUUGCCUUUGUAAAUUUAUGUGCACAUACUCUUUAUUUGAACCCUUGACAAUCCACCGAAAGCUCAUAUUCUAAUUUAUAAUUUUUGCUUAGUAACUUUGCAAUACUCAGCAUUAGCAUAUUUAUCGUUUGUUAUAUUGCCAAUGCAACUAAUAAUAUUAUAAUUAUAUCAAAAUAAUCAAGUAACAAGAUAAUGAGUGAAAACAUCAAAUUUGAAGUGUGUACGCAAAGGAGGAACAAUUUUCGGCAUAUAUAGUAAAUAUAUAUAUAUAUAUAUAUAUAUAUAUAUAUAUAUAUAUAUUUUGUACAAAGUCAAACAUUUUAGAACAUAAUAUUUAAAGCAGUUUACAAAAAUCAUGCGCUACUUUAUUGUAUUCAAUAAAUUACAUAUUUAAUUUACUA